AUGCUGAAGAGAUAUGAACUUAUAAGGAGAAGAAUAGUCACUAUCAAAGGCUAUUCUAAAGGAGCUGAUAAGAAUUCUCCUUUAAAUGAUGAAUCUCUUAAAAAGGCAUUCGAAAAAAUAUCCAUAGGAUCAUCCCCGCCAAGAGCAAAAAUAAACAGCAUUUUAAAUUUUUUAUUGACUUCUAACAUUUUAAAUUCUAAUUGGUCCAAGUUACAAAUAAUUGAUGAAUUGUAUAAAAGGAAAAUGGAUAAAAAACUUUUAUUUCAUUUGAACGUUUUAUAUGGACUUGGUUCUAAGGGCAUAAACUUAAGAAAAAAAGGAAUUAUUUCUCCCAUCUUAUUUUAUCCCUUACUUGACUAUGGGCAGUUUGCUUACAUUGUUCAGGUAAUGAAAAUUGCAGACAAGGAGAAACAGCUUGGAAUUCACAUACACGAAGAUUUUAUUCAGAAUUUUUUCAAAAAGUGA